GACCCCACCGCCGGUUCCGCCAGGACUCUCGGAGGAAGCCCACCACGGUCCCUCCGAUGUUAGAGCUGCUGUGGACCGUGACUGGAAUGAGCCCGACACUGCGCAUGAUAGCCAGCAGCCUGCUUGGAGAUGCCUCCGAUGCGACGAGGUGGACUAUGAGUCUGUAAGCUGGGGGUGUUGGAGGUGCCGCCGCUGCGGCUCCAACCACUUCUACAAUUCCUCGUCUCCGACGCGGCGCGAGUCCGAGCAGGGCACCUGGAUCUAUGUUCCCCGUGUUCCCCGGCCAAGGCAGGAGCCGGAUGGUUCUUCUCAGUCUUCUACCUCGACUUCCACGACUUCACAGGCGACCCGUUCCCUGCCGACGACCUCGCCGACGACAUCAGCCCGACGCCGUGGACACUCCGAGGGGGAACAAGAAGCCUGGGGCGAAGGACGUGCUGAGUCCGAAGCAGCGACCAACGACCCGUCAGUGGACCCGGACAGCUUGCGCGUGCUGCCCAAGAUGUCCCGCCGACAAAGGCGGGCGGCUGCUGCGGCUGCUGCACCUCCUCCUGGGCCCGAUUCUCCUGAAGGCCCCCGUUCUCCGCAAGUUCGCCGUUCUGCAGCUGCCGGGGCCCCGGGAGACCACGGCGGACCAGACGGCGAAGGACCUGAAUGGCGAGAUCAGAUGCUGCGUGACCUGGGCGACCUGCGGUUGAAGCAGAAAGCCCCAAGCAUAUGGGAUUCCCGGAAAGGUCCCUCACAGGGACUUCGCUACCGCUCCGGCAUGCCACCUUCCCCGCCUACCUGGCACUACUCCCGAGACGACCUUCGUGCGUAUGAUCGCUGGGAGAAGCGGGUGAAGGUGUGGGAAAUGCAAGUCAGCAGCUACCUCCCGCCGAACGAGGCCGCGAUGAACCUCUUCGUUUCGCUGAAGGGCGAAGCAGAAGAGGAACUCGAGAACGCCGACCUGGCCAAGAUCAACCACAAGAACGGGAUAGAGUUUAUUCUUUCGACUCUGCGGACGGCUCUCAAGACCCGGGCUAUUUACCAGAAACGCAAAUAUAUGCACGACUUCGAGCAAGUGUCCCGGUUCUCCAACGAAGGCGUGCGGGCGUUCUGCAACAGGUACCACCGCGUCGAGAGGGCGCUGCAAGCGUGCGGGGUCGACAUCGAGCCCAUGUACGACAGCGAGGCCAGGGGCGCGAGGUUGCUAGAACGACUUCGUCUUUCUCCGGAGCAACAGCGCAUGAUUUUGAUUGGUGCUGGGCACUCCCUCCAUUUCGAGGCUGUGAAGGAGGCGGCCCAGCUGCAAUUUCCAGACCACCGCCCGGUGCCACAGGUGGUUUUUACCAAGGAGUUCGACGGACACGGCGGGCAGGGACACAACCGUUAUGUUCCGGAGGCCCGGCCAGACCCCAACGGCAAAGGCAAGGACAAGUUUUCCCGCCGGCCGCCUCCGAAGGGAAGCGGCAAAGGCCACAACACCUUGGUGACGGAAGCCACCGAGGACGAGCAGGAGGCUGAGAACCCCGAGGGUGGCGAGGCCGAAGACGACGACGAGCUGGUGCCCGACGACGGCACGGAGGAUGCCACCGACCUCGCGGACGCCGUUCUUCAAGCAGCCGGGGUCUUGACCGUCACAGCACGCCGCCUGCAGGGCGUCAAGCUGGGCCGAAAAUUCAGUGGGCCCAAGGCUUCGAUCGAGGAGCGAAAGAAGCGCUCAACAUGCGCUGCCUGCGGCCAGACCGGCCACUGGAAGAACGACGACAUCUGCCCGAUGGCCAAGCCCAAGGCACAGCCCAAAGCCAAGGCUUCUGGAAAAGGAACCGGAAGCAGCUCGAAAGUGAUGAUCGUGAGGGCUGAGGGCAGCCAGGAAGCCGACCUCGUCGAGGAUGCCGAGAUCGAGGCCGAGCAAGCAAGCUUCGGCAGCUACUUCACAACUUUUGUGUGCAGCUCCGUGCCGGACAAGACGGCACAUGCAGUCUCAGAUGUUUUGGUCACCCGCCCAGGCGACUUCGCUGGAUAUGCAGUCCUGGACACCGCGUGCCAAAAGAAUGUGUGCAGCAAGGGGUGGCUGGAGCGCCGCAGUGCAGCCCUUAAGAAACACAAGCUCCACCCCAAGAUGACUGAGGAGAGAGAGGGUUUCCAGUUCGGUGUCGGUGCUGUGCAGUUUAGCAAAGAGCAUGCGUACAUUCCUGUAGCCCUCGACGGUGCCCAGACUUCAUGUUGCUUGUUCGGUGCCAGUGUGCUGCAUGAGAACUGCGAGAUCCCCCUGCUCUUGAGCCUCCCGAUGAUCGAGCGUAAGCUUCAGGCAGUGAUUGAUUUUCCCAAGGGGUGCAUUCACUUUAGCGUGUUCGGCAUUGAUGUGCCCAUCGUGAAGAUUAACGGUCACAUCUGCAUCUCCAUUUGCGAGUUUCCCGCUCCUUGUGAAGUGUGGUCUUCUCUGAGCAGUGCCCUGGAUCAAGGUGACCCAGACCUGGAACUGGUGCGCCUGCCUGCCUUUCCCACCGCAUGGCGCACUGUGGUGAAGCACCUGGUCACCGCAGAGAUGACGCUGAUCCGCUUCAUGAUGAACACCGUGCGGCUGGGGCUGCGACCUCGGUCGUGGAUUGCUCCAGCAGCUCACGAACAGCCUCCUCGAGGACAUUGCCAAGCCGUGCAAGCACCCUCCCGCGUCAAUAGCAAGGAGCGGCAACCAACACGGGAGUUUCAGCAGAUGUCUGGCACGCGGAACCCGUUGGCGCUACGUGCUGGGAGCCUGGGAAGAGCUGCCAUACUCGCAGCAGCUGCCGCUUCCGCAGCCAUCGGACACUUCUUCGGUAAGACCGAAGUGGGCGACCCAACUGGUUCCGGAGGAGCCAAGGCCGCCCCGGAGGACAAGGUGAUCCCGAAGCCGCCCCGCCAGGGCAUCGACCCGGACCGGCCGCUUGCUCUGACUGCCAAGGAGAGGGCUUCUUUGGUGCUCGGCGCCCCCUCCGAGCAAGCUCCGUUAAAGCUCGACCCGCGCGAGGUGGCGAAACUGCAGACCGAGGCCGAGGAGCUGGACAAGAUGAUGGCAGAGCUGGCAGCACGCAAGGCCGAGCUGGCCAAGGCUUCGGCGACAGCCAAGGCGGCACCGCCCGCCGCACCUUCAGUGCCGACGAUUCCCAUCGACACGGACGAAGAAGCCGAGCCCGACUACGACUGGGCCCUGGUGCUAGACGUAUGA